AUGCUAUCGGCUUGCUCUUUCCACGCCACCGCUGCCCUGGCCGAGUGGUUAUUGAUAGGGGACGAGUGGCAGAAAUCUUCGGGCUCCUCGAGGGGGCAGCUUUUUGCUGUAAUGACGUUUCUAUGUCCUAGUGGCUUUUGUGGCAGAUGUAGAUAUGGUCUUUUGGUGGUGUUCCGCCUCGAGCCCGUGCAAUCGUCUCCCCGGUGCCGCAAUCUCUGCAUUAUCUAUGCGACUGCAAGGCUACAAGCAGUUGACAAAGUGCACUACGUGAUAUUGCAGCCAUUACUCCCGGUGAUUCAUAUCGGCGCCCCCGAACACCCCCCCGACACCCCAGCCGGCUUUCUCGCAGAUAACGGUCCGCACGUUGUCCAGAUACACCUAUUAAGGAUGCAACAGCGCUCCGGGCGCACA